AUGACAUCAACCUCAAGCGAUAUUGUGGCCCUGGGAACUGUUAUCAAGGAUCGGUGGAAGGUGAGCAAAAAGCUCGGUGGUGGGGGUUUCGGUGAGAUUUAUGAAGCGUUGGAUACCAUGACGCAACAAAAGGUUGCCAUCAAGGUGGAGUCCUCGCAACAGACUAAACAAGUGCUUAAAAUGGAGGUCGCUGUUCUCAAGCGUCUACAGGGCAAACCCCAUGUCUGCCGUUUCAUUGGGUGCGGUCGAAAUGAGCACUACAACUAUAUUGUCAUGACUUUGCAGGGUCGCAAUCUCGCCGAUCUGCGGCGUUCCACAAGACGCGGUUACUUCUCUAUAUCUACUACGGUUCGAUUGGCACGACAAAUCCUCACUGCUAUUGAAAGUAUACACUCGGUGGGAUUUCUACAUCGUGAUAUUAAACCCUCCAAUUUCGCUCUUGGAAACGGUGUCGGCCCAGGUUCUGUCAGUCCAAGAAGUAUUGUCAUGCUUGACUUUGGUCUAGCGCGUCAAUACACCACUACUGGCGGUGAUAUUCGACCUCCUAGACAGGUCGCUGGUUUUCGUGGAACUGUGCGCUACGCCUCGGUCAAUGCUCACCUUAACAAGGAGCUUGGAAGGCAGGAUGAUCUCUGGUCACUCUACUAUAUGUUAGCCGAGUUCAUAACCGGUGAACUGCCCUGGCGCAAGACGAAGGACAAAGAGCAGGUUGGCAUCAUGAAACAGUCCUUUGAUCAAAACCAACUUCUUAAAUUUAUGCCUCGCGAAUUUCGCGCGUUCCUUGAACACAUUCAGAGUCUGACCUACUUUGAUAAACCUGAUUAUCAGUAUCUGCAGUCGCUGCUCAACAACUAUAUGGAAAGACGCUCUAUCAAUGAUAGUGAUCCCUUUGAUUGGGAGGUCACAAAUGAUCACUCUGGUGCCAUGAGUGAGACCAACCAGCAUCACAUGAACCUCCCAGCUAACGGCAAUGCAGAAAAUAACCGUGGGACCACUGAUGCUAAAGCUACUAGGGGUUCAGUUCUGGGUGCUAACGGGGCUGUAGCUCCUACGGCCAGUGGCGCCGGUCUAGUGGUAACCAGUGGAUUCUACUCUGGUGUUCGGGCUAUGGCCUGCUCUGCUAAAAUGCAAACGGAUGCCUCCGCGGUCACAAAUGGUGGUAACGUCUGUCCCGGUGGUGCUGGCUCCGGUUUUGGAGGCUCCUCUCCUAAUGUGUAUAAGCUUGCCGGAGGCAGCGGAGUUGCUAAACGCUCCGUUGAAGAAGCAGUAAUCAAUAACAAUGGGGACCAGACCCGCGCGACUGCGGCGGCUUCAUCAACUGCGGCAGUUGCUGGAUCUGUCAGUAUCCACAAAAUGCCCUACUCUUCGUACUUCCGUUCAGGUGGUGCUAACAACUCUACCACUCCGCGCUACCUGAAGGAGGUGAAGGCAGCCACUAGAACGCGGGAUCAAAAGACAACAAUUUCACGGCCCUCCAAUCUGAGUAAACCGCGAGAGGAGGGGGAGAGGAAGCCGCCUUCAGACGAGGGUGCAAAUAACAAAUCGAUUUUAUGGAGUCGUCGACCCAUUAGCGCGAGCACCAGCAAUAUUCGCGGCAGCAUUGGACCUGCAGGUAGUACCGCCAGUCUCACUAAUAUCGGCCGAAACGACACUAGCUGCACUCAUGCGGUUGUGGUGAUGGUGGACCAAGAGGGUAUCCCAGACGUAACUCGUGCUGGGGCCUAUACUUUCGCCAGUCAAUGGGGUGGCACUGGUGGAGAAGGAGAGAGUGGUAAUGACUCGAGAAUUUCCGAGGAUGAGGCAGAAGCUGGCGCUGGAGGCGGUGGUGGUGGCGUCGCUUCCCUAGCCAAACGCCUUCAUGGUGAAUGCGCAGAACCAGCAGAAUGUCAUCUGCCCCCCCCACCACUAUCCCCUGGCGAGACCAAUGCAGACGAAUGUAAUAACAAUCAUGGUCUCACUUCUGGGGUGCACAAAUCUACUCUUCCACGUCUCUACAUGCCAUCUCUCGCCACACCCGCCUUCACUCCGCAACUCUACUCUCGCUCACCCUCAAUCUCCUCUCAAGGAGGUGUUGGUCGCAAACUCCAGACCGCGUCAAAUCGGCGUCGGCGCUUAAGUUCGGACAUUCGAGCCAAGUCACGGACUCCGGAAACCACUUCGCUAUUACCCCCACGUUGCGUUGGGUCUUCGGGUUCGAUUGUGGCCACUCCUGGUAGUGAGAGCAGUGGCUAUCACUCUUCCUAUCAGCAUCAGCAUCCUCCGAUGCCAGAAUUCUCACUACCUGCAGGGCAUAUGCGCUCCUGGCCACCAGAAACUGUGGCUCGAAAAGUCUCUGGCCUAGCGUUGAGACGGCCCACAGGUCUAUUGCCGACUGCGCGGUUUCCAACAGUCCUGACAAACGUCACCACGUGUUUGGUCUCCACGGAGACACCACGAGAGUCGGUACCGACUCUGGAUUCUCCCUCCGAUGUUAGGGAGACCUUGGAACCGCAACGAAUCACGGUAGGGAUGGAAGAGAUAUCUGCCGUGCCAGCCGUUUCAAUGCCGCCCUUCACUGCUAAACCACCGCCUUGUCAGGACCCACCGCAGGAGGUACUUGUGCUCGGUGAAAACACGGAGGAGCAGGAAGGAGAGGCGGAGGUGAAAGGAAUCAUAGUGAGUUAUUGA